CACAUUCUAUGUCAACGAUACUGCGCAUGAAAAAAGUAUCGAUACAGUCGAAAACAUGCACACAAGUGGCAACGCUAGCAAACCAGAAAACAAUACUUAAAAAACUGCGAAAAAUAAUACAAGUUUGUAAAGUUUAGCUAAAGGCGAAGUUUGACAUAAAAUGCAGUCGUACGACGGCCCCGAUCAAAAUCAUUUGCACAAAUCGGAGCAGCGGGCGGUCUUUGCGCAUCCAGCGACACAUCCUUGGUUGCUCGACGGAAUGCCAUGGAUGCUGGCAACAACGAAUGCACCACAGCCCGGCGGUGUCAUGCAAUUCGGCUCAAAUGCUAACUAUAACAUUGAGACUGAUCCACAAUGCGGCAAGUGGCAGCAGAAGCGCAAAUCUCUGGAGCAACUAGCCUCCGGGCUACCUCCAAAACAGUUGAUAACCGAGGAACGAAUAACGGCGCACUUUAGUGGUCUACAAAUUUCUGGAGAUGCAAACGGUGUCGGCUCAGUUCGCACAGUGGGUAACAAUAACAGUGUGCCAAGUGUAAAUGGAGGAUUAGCUACCGAUGAUAUACCCUCAACCAGUACGGGAAAAACACAUCAUCCAAAUCCGGCCUAUCAGAUGGCAGCUAUGGAACUAGAACAGAAACUGCGCAACGCCAAUCGAAUUGUGAUCUGUGAUGAGCUGAAACAGGGCGUCACUCCAAUUUCAGCACCGUGCGUUGUACCACCCGAAUGGCUACUUAAAACAAUUCCAAGGCCGUGUACAGCUUUGGUGCCAUGGCAACCGUCACCCUUGCAACUACCUCAGUCGCAAUCGCUGCCCAAGGAGCAGGUUCGAGUCCGACCCCCAAAUUCACCAACAGUGGGUACACUGCCUGCAGGCGUGCAUCUCGAUGAUUAUGACGAUGAGCUGGAGUUCUUUGAGAAUAACAAUACAUGCAAUGUGAAUUUAAAUAAGUCUGAUGAGCAAAUGGAUGAGGACCUGUAGCUGUAAUAAGUUAUAGUGAAGGGUGGAUAUGUUUAUAGUGUGCAUAAGCAAAAA